AUGGCUGACGCGUUCGACGACGAAGUUGAUGCGGAGCCCACGAUUUCGAUUGGCGAUUACCUCAAAGCUGUUGAGGAAGAGGAGCUGGAAGCGGAUUUGGUUCUUGGAGGCGAUGAAGGUAAGGAGUGUACCUACAACAAAGGAUACCUUAAGAGGCAAGCUAUUUUCUCCUGUUUGACCUGCACACCUGAUGGGAACGCCGGGGUUUGCACUGCUUGUUCUUUAUCCUGCCAUGAUGGCCAUGAGGUUCUGGAACUAUGGACCAAGAGAAAUUUCAAGUGUGACUGUGGGAACUCAAAAUUUGGGGAGUUCUUUUGCAAGCUCAUGGCAAGCAAAGAUGUAGAGAACUCAGCCAAUAAGUACAACCACAAUUUCAAGGGAACUUACUGCACAUGUGAUCUGCCAUACCCUGAUCCAGAUGUCGAAGAACAAGUGGAGAUGAUUCAGUGUUGUGUUUGUGAGGACUGGUUUCAUGAGGAGCAUAUUGGUCUUCAGCCCGAUCUCAAGAUCCCUAGGGAUGAAGAAGGCGAGCCUCUAUACGAGGAUUUUAUCUGCCAGGGGUGUGCAAAACUUUGUUCUUUCUUGAGUUACUAUCCACAAAUCAUCUCAGCACCAAAUACUUCAGAUAAUAGCACUUCAGGUGACCUGAAGGAAAAGGCUGUUUUGGAAAACACUAAUUCGGUAUCAGCAGGCACUCAUGAGAAUGGCAGUUGUCCCCUUGAACGGAGCAGCUCGAGCAAUGUUAAUUCCAAUACAUCUCCUCCAGAGGCUAACAAUAUGGAAGGUGAAGCUAAGGAAUGUACUGAAGUUGCUGGCCAGAGUAGCGAAUGCAUUUUCGAACACCUGGUCGGGAAAGGUGUACCACCGUCUACCGAAAAUAACAAGCCGCUUUUUCUUUCUAAAAACUGGAGGGAAACACUCUGCACUUGCGGAAAAUGUUCAGAAAUGUAUGCCCAGAAUGGAAUUAGCUUCUUGCUCGACAAAGAGGAUUCUAUUGCCGAGUAUGAGAAGGUGGCAAAGCAGAGGCGAAGCGAGAAUAUGCAGAAACAGGAGGGGGCGGAGAUGAGUUUUCUCAAUAAUCUCGGCCAUGUUGAGAAGAUGGAAAUACUGAGUGGGAUUGCAGACAUGAAGAACGAGAUAUUUUCAUUCCUGGAGUCGUCUGACCCCUCAAAGCCUAUCACGACUGCGGAUGUGCAGCAGUAUAAUACCUUCUCAUUAGUCACCCACGGAGAACCCAGCCACCACCUUUCUCAACCUGUGAGCUGCCGCCAACUUCAAGAUCUGGACGCCACGCGUAGCGCUGUCAUGUUAAUCUAUCGUCGGGCUGCCAUAGAUUUGAGCUAUUGGAGUCAGCCGCACGAAGUUUCGGUCAGCCUUCCUUUAGUCGCCGUCUCAGCCCAUGACUGCUGGUAUUUUGGAAUUCAGCAAGGCCCUCGAUUGACCCUUUUCGUCCCCGUUGAGGUUCAUAAGUGCAGUUGCGCCGCCCUUCGCCACCAACCAUCAGUUAUCCCUCAGGCGUGCAGCAUUAUGAGAAAGAGAACAAUCACGUAA